AACACCGACAUCGACUCGGCAUUCACGCCCCCCGUCGACAUCUUCUCCACGGACCGCGCCUACGUGCUACACUUUGCCCUCCCCGGCGCCAAGAAGGAGGACGUCGGCGUGAACUGGGACGCCGACAAGGGCGAGCUCCGCGUCGCGGGCGUGGUGUAUAGGCCCGGCGACGAGGAGUUUUUGGCGACUUUGGCGUCCGGGGAGAGAAGGAUCGGAAUGUUUAGCCGGUCUGUGCCCUUGCCGCCUCGGGAGGAGAUUGACGCGCUGGCUAUCACGGCCAAGAUGGAGGAUGGGAUCUUGGUGGUGACUGUGCCCAAGAUCGAGAAGGAGUGGACUGAG